AGUGAGCAGCACACUUUGGGUGACUGAGAGGGACAGACAUGGAGUCAUCUGUGUAAUUCACCACAGUGAAACAAAGUCAAACAUUCAAGCACAGAUUGAAAUUGACGAUGAAUUUUUUAAUCUCGUCUCACCUGGAUGGAAGACAUUCUCAAUAAUUUUAAUUUUUUUUGGACUGUUCAUACUGCUGUCUUUACCUGCUGCAGUGUUUUUGUUCAAGAAGUCUAAAGUAAAAAUAGAAUCUCUGAAGCAACAUCUUGAAUCAGAGAAUGAUGAACUACGGAAAGAAAUAAAGGCUACUGGCUACAUCUUGAAAUCAGAAUGGGAGCGAAUGUGUAAAGCAACUGCUCAUGUGACUUUGGACCCUGAAACUGCACACUCCCGCCUUGUCGUGUCUGCAGAUGGUCGUUUUGUACGAGAACAGUAUAAAGAUCAGAAUGUCCCUGACACUCCACUCAGGUUUGACACCUGGCACUUUGUCCUGGGGAGGGAGAGUUUCACCUCAGGACAGCACUACUGGGAGGUGGAUGUGAAGGAGAGGAGUAACUGGAUGUUGGGUGUUGUCAGUGAGUCUGCACAGAGGAAAGGGCGAGUGAGUCUGAAACCUCAGUCAGGAUACUGGAUUGUGAGGCUGAAUAGUGAUGAGCUGACUGCACUGACCAACUCUGAGACCACACUGCGAUUGAGAGCGAUACCCCAGAAGGUGAGGGUGUACUUGGAUUGUGAUAAGGGGCGCCUCUCAUUUUACAGUGUGGAGGACUGCUGGCACAUCUACACCUUCAAUGGAGGCAUUACUGGGAAACUGUACCCGCUGUUUGAACCUGGUUGCGAGGGAGAAGAGCUUGAGAUCAUGCCGCCUGGGCAUGCAACAAACAACUCUCUCCAGCUCUAGGAAGUUAUCUAAUGGUGCUUGAGAUUAUUCUCUAAACUGAACUCCAUCACUGUACACUUAAUAUUCUUAUAGAUUAGUAAUUUUUUCUGAAUUUUGCAUGAAAAUAACAAAAGUUCAAGUGUUUUUGAAAGUUUUACAGUAAGAAUUCUGGUGCUGACACUAUUAAAUAAACACAACAAACUUUGUGUCCAAGUUUUAAAUUUUUGUGGUUGGAAAGUGAGAAUCUUUAAUAAUCAAAUAUGUGGCAGAGUGAGAGCUUACAGUCCAGCCAGGACCUGGAAAAAAAGUCAUGCCAUGAAAUAAUAUAUUAUUUUAAUAAGUAUAAGAAUUUAUUAUGGACUACAACAUAAGUUUUCAUAGAAUAAAGCCAAAAUAAUUGCCUUGAACUGUUGGCUCAUAUGCUAGUGCCAAAUAUCUUAUAGCUCCUAGGCCUUGGGUUCAGUUCCUUGUUCUGAUACUUGCUUAGUGGAGUCUGCAUGUUCUCCUGGGGUUCAGUUCACUUUUUAGUGAUAACUGUGCCUUAUCUUACUUUCUAAAUAAAUGUCCU